UGCUGGAUUUUUUGGAUACUCGGAAAUGGUCAUGCACACACAAUUUGAGUUUAUCUAAUAAGUUUCUUUUGGAAGUUUUUUUUUAAUGUAAAAUUUCUACGAAAGGUAAUUUAACACAAAAAGCAAGUUUACAGUGAAGUUUUGAAAUAGCAAAAAAGUCAAAAAGCACUCUUUGACAGAAUUACAUCCUACUGUUCGAGUGUUUUACAACUUUUAAUGGCUUCGAAAGUUUGUCAGACUUGCUUUGGCAGAAAGUGUUGCUGAAUCUUUGUUUUCUAAAGAACUCAACCCGGGGACACCUAAAUUUUUUAAUCAAAUAGCUCAUGGCAAUUUUUUGAUGAUAUAAUUUUUGAAGCAACGUUUUCUCAAUUAUUCCGGUUGAGACCAAAUAAAACAAUUAUUUCGAUCAGAUAUAGAAUCUAUUUUGAUAUGGUAUGACCAGUGAUCAGUAUAAGAGUUACGUAAUUGGAUUAAAUGAUUCAUUCAGCUUCAGUGCUUCAAAUACAAUUAAUUAGUCUUGGACUGAUUAUUGUUAUAACCGUUUUUGCACGUCUCUGGUAAAUAUCAAGUAAAUUUUUUCGCAUGCAUCUGCGUCAAUAGUAGUAAAGGCUCAAUUUUUUUGACGAUUUGAAACGAAUGAACAACAGCACCUGCUGUUUAUUGAACUCUUUUCGAUUAUGAUUCGUUUUCCAUAUGUUUUUCUUCUUCAAAUUAUCUCAAUUCGCUCAAUCUCCCGUACUAGUACAAUUGAGCGUCAGAACGCAACGGAUCUUCCGACUUAUUCUAAUGAAACUUCGUUAGCCUCAGUGGACCAAACGGAGGACCCACUUUAUGGCUGCAGAUGCCAUAGGUCCUCUGACCACCCACUCAUUUCUCCAGUGGCCUCCUGUUUCACCUUUGCUAUGUUUCAGGAAGGCUCCGAGAACUGCGAAGGAAUUGUGGACGAGCGUCAUUGCAUCGAAGUGUUCUCGAAAUUGGAGCCCAAACCGCCGCUCUUAGAAUUGACACUUUCGGCCGAUCAUUUUUCCAUUUCAGAAAGUGGACUCACACUAUGUUACCAUGCCACUAGUAUGGUGCAAUCCGGAGCCGGAAAGAAUGAUUUGAUGGCUCAUGAGCUGGAAGUCAGUCUCAGUAGUGAGAGUGUGUUCGAAAUGCACGUAGAGCUCAACUGCUUCUACAAUGUGUCUCUCCUAGUGGCAAACUCUAGUGAGUUUCAGGAAGCGCUUUGUUGCAACCGACUAGACUACCUUGUCAACUGCUCAUCAGCUGUUGUCAUUUUUUGCGUAUUCGGCGUGAUUCGAGAGGUUGUUCGGCACAACUCGGAGAAGAAGAAAAAUCCAAGUACGUCAAGAACUGGAGAUAACCUGGAUAUGUCUGCCCUGCAUACUGAUUCAGGCCAGCGGUUUCCAAUGGGCGACAAUGAUCAACACCAAUUCUUCGCACACGAAGGAAACGACCACGGUCCUUUUAAUGAAAACAGUGACAUCGAUAGUCAUGAACCUGUUACAAAUCAGAGGAUCCUACCUAAUGUCAACCUGUACGGUACCAGUCCAAUCCCACCCUCAUUAGACUCUCCGACGCAACAUACCGACAAUCAAACUGAAGAAUCAACUGCAUAAUGAAUUGGCUUUUACAUAAAUAUUUUUUUAUCUUCACUACCACUCUUAGCAUAACCGCGAAGGAAUUAACUUUUUAUUUCAUAGCAAAAAUGCUGGGUCAAAUAUUGAAG